GCCUUCGCAUCGAUUGAAUAAAGUCCUGUGGUAGCGGAGAUCUGCGUUGUCUUGCAGAUCAAGUCCGGAUGGGGAACAUGAUCUUAGGUGGGGAGGAAGCCUGAGCCGGAUAUAUCGGUUCCCUCGUGCUUGGCGUGGUUGGACCACGAGACAAGAGAUGAUGAAGGUACGUGACGAAACCUAAGCAAACUCUCGGCACUUUGAACAAGCGAUGUGAUAUUGGCGAUCUGGUCUCAGUGAUAGGGUACGGUACGGGCACAGACAACCUUUCGCACACCCAAUCUUCUUCGUGCAUGUCCUCGAAACGCUCCCCGAGAUCCUAUAUAAGGAGCGUCCCGACCUUAUCAACACCUUACCACUCACGAAUCCUGCUUUGCAUACCUUCUCUUGUAUGAACACUUCUUUCGGACAGCUACCAGGAUGCCUAACGACAAAGCCUCCCAAUUUGAAGCACCACGCUCACCCAACGGGACUGAUACCGCGUUCGCAGGAAGUCUCGCGACCGAAGAGGAACGUCACGACCCGAGGCAUGAUAUCGACGCAAAUUCAGCGCAGAGAGCAAGGUUGACGUACUGGCUCAAGUUUGCUGUUGGGAGUCUCGCAUACCGCGACGGCCUUGUCCUCCUUGCCCACCCGGCUGAAAUUUGCGACAUUGUGAAAACGGAAGAGAACGGCUGUUGGAUCAGUGGAAGUCGAAGGCAGCUCAUCGUCCAUUUGAUCGACCGGCACGCGCACGGACAACGCCCGGCAGAUGGGCGUCAUGCCGUCGGCGUCAUCGACACGACACCCCAUCUUCACUUGGCACACCAGCUCGGUGCUCUCGCCACGUGUGAAGAUGGCGGCCUGGCUUUGAAUCUCGCUCGAUCAGAGUAGACAAUAUCGAUUGUGCAGGUCAUCCCGCGAUGAACGACGAAAGCCACAUGACAGAGCAUGACAGUGGCGGAACAGGAUGCCAGACCGCGAGAACGGUGUCGUGGCUACAAUGCUUUGGUUUCAUCGUUCAUAACGCUUCUCGCCAUGUACCGCUACU